AUGGGGGAGAUAGUCCAGAUGCAAUUCAGUACGGUGGACUAUGUCAUCUUUGCCUUGCUGCUGGUGGCCUCAGCUGGGAUCGGUCUCUUUUAUGCCUUCUACGGUGGACGCCAACGCACAACACAGGAGUUCUUGAUGGCUGACCGCUCCAUGAGCCUCCUCCCUGUGUCGCUGUCCCUGCUGGCCAGUUUCCAGUCAGCGGUGUCCAUCCUGGGGGAACCAUCUGAGGUGUACACCUUUGGAACUCAGUACUGGUUCUUGGGCUGCUCCUACUUUUUGGGCCUGCUCAUCCCAGCUCACAUUUUUAUACCAAUCUUCUACAGGCUGCGACUGUCCAGUGCCUAUGAGUAUCUGGAGCUGCGCUUUAACAAGACGGUUCGCAUAUGUGGGACUGUGACGUUCAUUUUCCAGAUGGUCAUUUAUAUGGGAGUGGUCUUAUAUGCUCCAGCCUUGGCCCUUAAUGUAGUGACAGGCUUUGACCUUUGGGGGGCAGUGCUUGCCAUGGGGUUGGUGUGUACUUUGUACACAGCUCUGGGGGGUCUGAAGGCGGUGAUGUGGACUGAUGUGUUCCAGACCAUGGUGAUGUUUGUGGGACAGCUGGCAGUGAUUAUAGUAGGGGCCAGUCAGGCAGGGGGCAUUGGUGAGGUCUGGAGGAAAGCUACCAAUGGCAGCCGCAUUUCUGGACUAGACCUGAACCCAGACCCUACAGAGCGUCACACCUUCUGGACUCUGGGUGUGGGGGGAAUCUUCAUGAUGCUUGCUCUGUACGGGGUCAACCAGGCCCAGGUCCAGAGAUACCUCAGCGCACGCUCAGAGAAAGAAGCCGUCAUGUCCUGCUAUGUCGUCUUCCCAUGCCAGCAGAUCGUCCUGUGUUUAGGUUGUCUGAUGGGUCUGGUCAUGUUUGCUCGCUAUGGAGAGGACAGCCCUCUGGACAAGGGCUACGUCAAAACUAAUGAUCAGAUGGUGCUUUACUUUGUGAUGGAUGUAUUCAGGGAUCUGCCCGGGCUCCCAGGCCUGUUUGUAGCCUGUCUCUUCAGUGGUGCUCUCAGCACUAUCUCAUCAGCCUUCAAUUCCUUGGCUACAGUUACUAUGGAGGACCUGAUUAAACCCUAUUUUCCAAACAUGACUGAAGCCAAAGCCACACUGAUGUCUAAAGGACUUGCCUUGUCCUAUGGCCUGGUGUGUUUGGCUAUGGCCUACCUCGCCUCCUUAAUGGGAUCUGUGCUGCAGGCAGCCUUAAGUAUCUUCGGGAUGGUGGGUGGUCCCCUGCUCGGCCUCUUCUGUCUAGGGAUUUUCUUUCCCUGGGCAAACUCGAUUGGUGCAUUGGUCGGUUUGUUUACGGGCCUCGCCAUGGCCUUCUGGAUCGGUAUUGGUAGUAUGAUGAUGCGUAUGUCAGCUUCCACCGCAGCACCCCUUCUCAACACCACUGCUCUGCCCCUGUUUGAAAACAUGACCACCGCUGUCAUGACCACACUGGUCCAGCCAAGGCCGACAGGUGUGGAGGCACUCUACUCAUUGUCCUACAUGUGGUACAGUGCUCACAACUCAACCACUGUGGUGUUGGUCGGACUAAUAGUGAGCUUUUUAACAGGACCCAUGAAGGAGAAGGAGCUGACCCCGGGCACAGUGUUUCCAGUCCUGGGCACGCUGCUCUUCUUUCUGCCGGAGCGCUACAGAGAAAAGCUCUGCUGUGUCACUCCUCUGACUCCGAAGCCCAAAGAAAUCAGCACGCAACCUUAUCUCAUGGCCAAGAAGGACAGCAACGGAGCGGCGCACUGCAAAGAGGACUCGGUCGCAAGCUCAAGCCCUCCGACGACCCAGACAGUUCAGGAGACGUCCUUGUGA